UCUUGUGCGAAGGCAGGGGCACCGGCCCAGAAACGUUUCCGUUGUCAAAAGCACAACCUGGGGCUUUUCCUCCCCUACGCAACAGCCCGAGCACAGGCUAAGCAGCCAACCACCACUACUUUCCCGUUGAUCACGCCACCUCUGCCGCACUUUGUAGCUAAAACCUUUCCGUGUCGACGCGACCAAAUGCCCAAAACCCUAGCACUACGCUCCGUCGGCCGGGCCCCCACCUGUCAGCGACAAAUUAAACCCCUCACCGUCUUCCCGAGCGGUGUCCCUGUCCGCAUUUAUUCAUGCUUUGCGGCCCGGUCUCCCAGCCUUUCCCCUCUCCCGAUGUCACCGAGUUUUUACUCGACCGUCCACCCGGUCGAAGAGCACCCCAAAACCCACAGCCCACAACGAAUUUACCCUCCUCUCCCCACGGUAAUUUUUUUUAUCGACACGUCGCAAUUUACAGCCGUGCUCUGCUAGCAGCUAGCAGGUGAGCGCCCAGUUCACGAGCUGUCGCUGUCCGGCACAGAACACCACCGCUCUCCCCCACCGCAGCCACUCCCUCCGCCGCGCCGCGUGACCGAACAAACCCUAGCUCGCACCUCGCCGGGAGUGCCUUCCGGCGUCGGGUUCCUCUCGCGGCUCAUGGCGGAGGACGGCGAGGAGAAGCUGCUCGCCACGGUGCAGCACAUCGCCAAGACGCUGGGCCGCACCGGCACCAUGACGGAGGACAUACUCAAGGUCUUCUCCAACUACGACGGCCGCCUCUCCCUCGACAAGCUCUACGCCGCGGCGGCCGCGGCCGGAGGAGGAGGAGGGGCAGGGGAGCACUCGAUGUCGAUGCCGGCCUCCUCGCCCCCGCCCGUGCUGCCCACUGCCGCGGCGGCGCACUCGAUGCCGCCGCCGGUCACGUCGCUGGAGCGGACCGUGCGCACGCUCGACCGGCAGAUCUCGCAGUUCGUGACCAUGGAGAGGCUCGUCUGGGCCGACUCCGCCGACGCGGACGCCUUCCUGGAGGCGGUGGACGACCUCAUCGGCACCGUGCAAGAGCUGGACGCGGCGGGGACCAACCGCGGGCUGCUCGACCGCGCCGACGAGCUGCUCAGCCGGUGCAUGGCCCGGCUGGAGGACGAGUUCCGGGCGCUUAUCGAGCGCCCCGACGACGCGGCCCCGGCGGCGCCCGGCGGCUUCGACUCCGAGCAGAGCGACGACGAGGACUUCGACGCGGACGACGGCUACGGCGACGAGCCAAUCCCCAUCGCCAAGCCGGUCACGGAUUUCGACGUGGUCAUCGACGCCCUGCCCCCGGGGUCCGUCUCCGACGUGCACCAGAUCGCGCGGAGGAUGGUCGAUGCGGGCUUCGGCCGCGAGUGCGCCGAGGCCUACGCGGCCGCGCGCCGCGGGUUCAUCGACGAGAGCGUCGCGCGCCUCGGCAUCCGCUCGCGCACCUCGGACGAGGUCCACUCCCUGCCCUGGGAGGAGCUCGAGUUCGACAUUGCGCGCUGGAUUCCGGCCUUCAAGAUGGUGUUCCGCAUCCUCAUCCCCAGCGAGCGCCGCCUCUCCGACCGUGUCUUCGAGGGCCUCGCCCCCUACGGCGACCUCGCCUUCGUCGCCGCGGUUCGCACCCAGGCGCUGCAGCUUAUCUCAUUCGGCGAUGCCGUUGCCGCUGCCAGCCGUGCGCCAGAGCGCCUCUUUCGUGUCAUCGACAUGUACGAGGCGGUGCGUGAUCUCCUCCCCGACCUCGACCCUGUUUUCGCCGACCCCUACUCUGCAGCGCUUCGCGCCGAGGUCUCUGCUGUAUGCAACACUCUCGGCUCCUCCAUCAAAGGUAUAUUCAUGGAGCUGGAAAAUCUGAUCCGCCGUGACCCAGCCCGUGUUGCGGUGCCCGGCGGUGGCAUACACCCCAUCACUCGCUAUGUCAUGAAUUAUCUCCGUGCGGCAUGUGGUUCAAGACAGACACUAGAAGAGGUGAUGGAGGGUGACCUGGGUGCUCUUGGCGUGACCGCCAUCGCCGUCGAUCCUGACCGCCCCACCUCAUCGCUUGCCGUGCACAUUGCGUGGAUCAUGGAUGUGCUUCACAAGAAUCUGGAGAGCAAAUCCAAGAUAUACAGGGACCCGCCACUGGCCUCCAUCUUCUUGAUGAAUAAUGGCAAGUACGUCAUCCACAAGGUGAAUGACAGCGAGCUUGGGGUUUUACUUGGGGAUGACUGGAUGAAGCAGAUGUUAAGCAGAGUGCGCCGGUGGAGUAUGGAGUACCAGCGUGGGGCUUGGGCGAAGGUGAUGUCGGUGCUGCAGACCGGAGGCUCUGGGUUUUCAGGUCUCCCACCAAAGGCCAUGCUUCAGAAACUGCAGAUGUUCAAUGGCUACCUGGAGGAGAUUCGGGCGGCGCAGUCUGAGUGGGUGAUCACAGAUGAUCAGCUGCGUGCCGAUGUCAAGGCAGCAAUAGCAGAUUCAGUGCUGCCUGCAUACAAGGGCUUGAUUGCUAGGCUGAGAUCAUCUCCAGAUGCUCCGCAGGAUUUGUUCAUCAAGCAUACCCCGGAGGAUGUUGAGGCAUGCAUCCAACAUUUGUUUGAAGGAAUUGGGAAAUGAUUGGUUAUCUUGUAGUAGCAUCUUAUUGGUCCUGCCUGUGAUUUUCGUAUCAUCACUAAUGUACUGUUGUGGCGGAGAUCUGAAGUUCUGAACAUUGAUAAUGGUGCCAUUUUGGAUUUGAUGGUGUUUUGCCAUGAGGUUAGGCUUUAUAUUAGACGUGGAAAUCAUUGUCUUCUCCAGCUCUGUAAAAUAUUGUAGGCGUUUAUCUGUCGGUUGUUAAGGGUAGUCUUAUUCAACACAUUAUCUGUCUUCUUCGUUUGUGUUUCAGUGCUUAGUUGUUCAGGUGAUGAAGGGGAAACGCUUAUCUUUAAGUUCA